AUGGCGACGGCGCCGCCGCCGCCGGCGGACCACCCCGCGCCGCCGCCACCCCGCGCCGCCGCGCCCUCCUCCUCCUCGCCGCCGCCUCCUCCUCCUCCCCCGCCCGCGCCGGACCGCCCCCCGGGGCCCCCGUCGUUCGCGCACGCGCGAGAUCUCGUCGGGCACGCCAAGGCGGUGAGCGCGGCGCGAUUCAGGCGCGUUCUAUACACUGGUCCCCAUACGACCCCCCCGCGCGGCGACCGCGUCGCGACCGCGAGCGCGGACAAGACCAUCAAGAUCUGGUCCGCGCUCGACGGCGCGUGCCUCCUGACGCUCGUCGGGCACGAGAAGGGCUGCAGCGACGUGUGCUGGAGCGCGUGCGGGCGCUACGUCGCGAGCGCCUCAGACGACAAGAACGCGCAUCUCUGGCGCGUUGACGACGACGACGACGAAGACGACGGCGACGGCGACGGCGACGGCGACGGCGAGGGCGGCGACGCGGCGGCGUCGUCGCGGUGCGUCAGAGUCUUCGCGGGGCACACGUCGCACGUUUUCUGCGUGGACCUGAACAGCCCGAAGUGCAACCUCCUCGCGACGGGCAGCGCGGAUGAGACAGUGAGGCUGUGGUAG